AAAUCUGUCGGAAGCUGCGCAGUGAUUGGCCCAGGCGCCCGUCAGUUACUGCCGGGCGCAGUUGACUUUUGCUGUUAAGCCUGCGUGAGGAAGGAGGGAGAGCAGAGCUAGUAGAGCCGGGCGGCGCCCUCGGAGCGGAGUGAGUGACCUCUACUUCCGCGCGUCUCGCCGCCCGUUCGGACACUUGCACCGUCGCUCCCCGGAGGGAGCACACAUGCGCAGAUGAUUGGUACAAGAAGGAAAUUUUGAACAGCAGAAAAAGUAAGGCCACUAUCCUUAAAGCCCUUUCAGCUUGAAGCUGAUGGACAUUGUAUGGGCCGGAGGCAGGGAUGGUCGGCUAUGACCCCAAAGCAGACGACAGGAAUAUCUCCAAAUUGGAGGUGGCCGUGUCUGGGUCGGUGUCUGGACUUGUCACUCGGGCGCUGAUCAGCCCCUUGGACGUCAUCAAGAUCCGUUUCCAGCUUCAGAUUGAGCGCCUGUCCCGCAGGGACCCCAACGCGAAGUACCAUGGGAUCCUGCAGGCCGGAAGGCAGAUCCUGUGGGAGGAGGGCCCGACCGCCUUCUGGAAGGGACACAUUCCAGCCCAGCUUCUCUCCAUCGGCUAUGGAGCCGUCCAAUUUUUGUCGUUUGAAAUGCUGACCGAGCUGGUGCACAGAGCCGGCGUGCACAGUGCCCGCGACUUCUCCGUGCACUUCGUGUGCGGCGGCCUGUCUGCCUGCGUGGCCACCCUCGCCGUGCACCCCGUGGACGUCCUGCGCACCCGCUUUGCAGCGCAGGGUGAGCCCAAGGUGUACAAAACCCUGCGGGCCGCCGUGGCCACCAUGUACAGGACCGAAGGCCCCUUGGUCUUCUACAAAGGCCUGAACCCCACCUUGAUCGCCAUCUUCCCCUACGCUGGCUUCCAGUUCUCCUUCUACAACUCCCUGAAGCACGUGUACGAGUGGGUCACGCCGGCCGAAGGAAAGAAAAACGGGAACCUCAAAAACCUGCUCUGCGGCAGUGGAGCCGGAGUCAUCAGCAAGACCCUCACGUAUCCCCUGGACCUCUUCAAGAAGCGGCUGCAGGUCGGAGGGUUCGAGCAGGCCCGAGCCAGCUUCGGCCAGCACGUCUGUAUUGGGAGCUACAAUGUGCUAGGCGUCGUGCUGACAAAAGGAUGGAGCCUCGUCCGUGUUGUACUCCCCUCCCCUCACCCCGAGCGACCUUCUUCUCCCCAGGUUCGAAGCUACCAGGGCCUCCUGGACUGCGCCAGGCAGGUGCUGCGGGAGGAAGGCGUGCCGGGCUUCUUCAAGGGCCUGUCGCCCAGCCUGCUGAAGGCUGCCCUCUCCACCGGCCUCAUGUUCUUCUGGUACGAGUUCUUCUGUAACCUCUUCCACCGCGCGAAGAAGGCGGACAGCUAGCCCUGGGGCCGGAAGGUGGCCUGAGGUCUCUCCCCGAGCGACCUCCUGAAGUAAGACUUGAUCCACCAUCUCUGCUGCACUGAGAGGCGCCGCCUGGUCCCCCCUCCGGCCAGCUGUCCGGAGCAUGACGAGCACCGGGAGGCCGCAGCCUCGACCCCACCGGCUGGAGGCCACCAGGAGGGCAAGGGCUCUCUCCCUGCGGGACCCGGGGAGGACAGGACGUGGUGGGAUCCCAGCCGCUCCAGUCAAGGAGCUUGAAGUCUUCCCUCCGUCUAGCCCGCAGCCUAAGGCAGGUGGGGACCCUUUUUCCUGCCAGGGGCCAUUUGGAUAUUUAUAACAUCACUCGCUGGCCAUUCAAAAUUACCGUCUUAAACAUUAGCCUGCUGUAUUUGGUCAGACAUUGAACUAACUCGCCCCUGAUGCCUUGGCAGGGCCAGACCAAAUAUUUCUUGGGUCUUAUACCUUUCCCACCCCUGGUCUAAGGGGAGCAGCUGCCUGCCCUUAGCCCGUCUGCCUCCAGAGCUCUCCGGACCCUGGUGGGGCCACAGCCUAGGUUGACGGCUGGGACUCGCCAGAGGCAGGGGUCUGGUCCCCACACCUGGGCUCUGGUUCCCGCCAACUUGCUUAAUAGACACUAAGGCUAAAGGCACGUUCCUUACCUUCCCCCUCCACCUUCUCUCCCAGUCACACCUCCCCUGGACACCAGCUGUGCCCGGCCGUCCCCAAAUUCCAUUUUCUCAGGAGUUGCGGGGCUCAGGCAGCUUGGCUUC